ACAUUUUCAACCAAAAUUGUUCAUGUCAACAAAGAAAUCUCUCCCCAGGGUAUAUAGGCUGAUGCGCCGUUCUUGAAGGUUGUCGUCUUCUGCUCAUUGCACAGUGGCGAGAGAGUGUUUCCAGUCACUUUUUGGUUUGCGAAUUCCUUACGUCUCCACUUUGCUGCUCAAUCUCUCCUUUCUUUUUCGGUCUUCAGUUUCCAUAGACGAUAUUCCCUCCCGAAAAUGUCUUCGCCAAAGCUCAAGGUCGCGAUUGCGGGAUUGGGACGCAUGGGUGCCCGUCAUGCUCUCCAUUUCCACACCAUGACGCCCCGGGCCGAUCUGAUUGCGGUCUCGUCUCCAGAUCCUAAAGAGCUGGCAUGGGCGACCCGAAACCUAGAAGGCGUGCGGACAUAUCUGGACUACGACCAGAUGUUGAAAGAGGAGAAGGAGUUGCAGGCAGUUGUCGUGGCCUCCGCGACUAUUGUUCACGCGGAGCAGGCCAUCAAAGCCAUCAAACAGGGUCUCCACGUCCUGUGCGAGAAACCUCUCAGCACAAACCCAGAAAUCUCGCAGGCAGUCGUCACAGCAUACCGGGCAGCGAAGACGAGUUACCCCAACCAAAAAGUCAUCUGCGGCUUCUCCCGCCGUUUCGAUGCAUCUUACAGAGACGCCUAUCAGAAGAUGCGAUCGGGCUUGAUCGGACGCCCGGCUGUCUUUCGCUCCCAGACCUGCGACAAGCUCGAUCCGUCCGGGUUCUUUGUGCAGUACGCGCAGUUCUCUGGUGGCAUUUUUGUGGACUGCUCCAUCCACGAUAUUGACCUGGCUUUGUGGUUUUUCGGCGAAGACUCGGUGGUCAAGUCUGUCAGUGCAAUCGGCAUCACCGCCGUCUCUCCCGAAUUGCGAAAGUACAACGACCGUGACAAUGCGUUGGGAAUCGUCGAGUUCUACGGAGGCAAGAUUGCUCAGUUGUACUGCAGUAGAAUGAUGGCGGCCGGACAAGAAGACAGCACCGAGAUUACCGGCACCGAAGGAAAACUCGCCGUCAACACGCAACCGAUGUCUAACCUCGUCAACAUCUACGAGCCAUCCGGCAUCCGUCGUGAGAUCCCACCUCAUUAUUACGGUCGUUUCCGGGAGGCGUUCAUCACCGAAGCAAACGAGUUCACCGCCUGCUGUCUCGACAACACUGAGCCUCCGUUCAGACUCGAAGGGGCUGUCGCCGCCGUGAAGAUCGGCUGCGCGUUGCAAGAGAGUCUGAUCACGGGCAAGAAGAUCGAGUUCGACGAGAUCGGCCGCCGGAUAGACGGUGCCGACGACGACGCCGCUCCCCUGACUGCGAGGCUGUGAAUCUGGAGGGUUCUAGUUGCGACGUACACCUUGGAGUUUGGGUAGACUAGAGGCUCAUUUACCAACCCGAGACAAAUCGGCUCAAUAGAGGAAAUAUAAAAGACACACUGAUAGAUAGGGGCGGCAUUGAAUGGUACAGGGUUAAUCCCCAUUAAUGAUAUAGUUGAACCCUUUGGCAAUCGAAUGAGGUAUCGCGGGUUCGGC